CGUUUUAACUGAAGGGUCACACUGAUAACAACAAAAGCAUCGCAAUUUUUGUAAAUUUCAACAAUAAUAUAGCUAUGAUGGCGCGCUGUUUAUCGGAGGUAUUAAUUAAAUAUCAACAUGCAGAGGAGGCCAAAAUAUUAAGCAUAGCUGAUGAACUGGAUGGCGAUGACAAAGAAUUAGUGCGCAAAUUGUAUGAGCCGCUUAAAAUAACCAGCGAGGAUUUGUCGCGUGAAUACAAUCAGGACGAGAAAAGACAGCUUUGUCUGCGCACUAAAGUACGCGUAAAUAUGACACUCUUCAACUGCGUUUGGGAUGCUAAGCGGCGACUGGAGAAAAAGGGACGCCUGGCGAAUCGCUCGGAGCGCUUUAUCAACGCGAUGCUGGUCAAGGCCGUGGCCAAGAAAAUGGUUUUGCCCUACACGCCAGAUGAGAUUGCCAAAUGCAAUUAUAUUAGGCAUUGUCAACUGAAGAAGGAGAACAAUUGUCGAUUAAAUCGCUGGCACCGAGAAUCCUCACAAGCCACUGUCCUGCCCGACAGCAAUGAAAGUUCAUCUCUGUUGUCGUCGCAGAUACCCAACCAGGCGCCGUCCAGCGGCGAGCAAAAGUCAUCAGCAUCAGCAUCAGCACUGAAAUAUCCGGCUUCUGUAGAUUCACAAAAUUCCGCGUCAACGUUGGGGAUUUUUACGAACGAUCCCGAAAUGUGGGUCAUGGAAGAAUCGCAAGAGACAGUUGGUAAAUUAGAGGUUGCGGCGCAUACAGAGGAAUCCAGUUUGCAUGAGUACGGGCCGGACGCAGACUGGGCCGAGGCUGCCGUACAAAUCAAUACCGAGUCCAUAACCAUUGGCACUUUAGACUUGGAUGUGCAGACGCCACAAACCCAGAGUCAGCCAAUUGUAUCAACCACCGAGGACUAUGCCCUCUUCAAUACCCAAGUGCCGGCCACAUCCACGCAAACGCCAUGCUCCGAACCAUUUCUUUAGAGGCAUGCUAACUAAUUGAAUGAGCCAUUUCUUAAACAUUCGCAGAAAUAUGUUACAUAGUUCGACUUUAUUGUGCGUUUUGAGUAUAAAAAUUACCUUAAAACGUUCUAUAUAUACUUUUUUUUAAUGCUAAUAUGCUAGUUAAAAUUGCGUGUGUUUUUAAAUCGUUCGCUUUUUGACCAAUCGCAUGCAUUGGCAUCGUAAAAACUUAUGCUACAAAAAUAUACAUUUAUAAAAUAAAAAUAAUUAUUUUACCCUUGCAGUGGAUAUUGUUACGCUCGAACUGGGCGAAUAAAUAUGGUGAAAACAUUUAUACGAACAAAUUGUAAAAUGUUUUGUUAUAUUUAUG